AUGGCUCACGAAAACGUUUGGUAUUCUCAUCCAAGAAGAUUCGGUAAGGGUUCCCGUCAAUGCCGUGUCUGUUCUUCUCACAGUGGUUUGAUCAGAAAGUACGGUUUGGACAUCUGCCGUCAAUGUUUCAGAGAGAAGGCUGCUGACAUCGGUUUCAACAAGUACCGUUAA